CAUUCUUAAUUUUUGAGUUCGAAUAAAUAAUAAGGUUGUCGUAAAUUGACUCAUUGUUUCGAAGUUAUUAAUCGUAUAAACAUGGUGCGAUGAUCUAGUGUUCAGCUUACGUCAUGGUCAAGUUAAUUGCGUUCUUAUUUAUUCAAUAUCUACUCACAACAGUUUGUUUCUCGGAAUUAACUGUAGAAAAGGGAGAUAAGGUGUUGAAUGGAUUUAUAGAUUUCUUAAAUAACCUACCCAACCAUCCUUAUGUUUACAACGAGGGUACCCUACAAAAUGCGCAACAAGAACCAAAUAGUGAUGUGAUCCACAUAGAGGUUGUGCUACAAGGUAGUGACGAGGAGCAACUGUACGGUAAAAAAACAGUAAAAUGCUCUGCAGAUGUCAUUGAUCUUCUGGAAGCUGGGAUAUCUGUUCAGAACCAGCCACAAUGCCAAGAAGUGGAAGAUGUGACUGUGCCCAAUGUUCACAAUGAACCAAAUGUAGAAGAAGCUGAUACAACUGCUCCUCCUCAUGAACCAAUACAUCUUGAUAACGAAGAACAGACUGAAGGGGUAACGUCAGGGGAACAGUUUAUAGCAGUACCUCGUCGUUACUUAAAUGCGUCGUGUGCUGGUUGUGCCGAUCACGUUAAUCCCGAUGCGCCAGGAGUGAGGGAGCUUGCCUUGCUGGCUGUAAAACACCUCGAUAAACAUGAACCAGCUUUUAAACACACUCUCAGAGAUAUUGUUGAUGUUGAAAGACAAGUUCAGGUCAUAAAUGGCAUUAAAUACACACUAACUUUAAACAUAGACUUUAAUAACUGUACAUCACCUGAAGAAUUAUGUGAUGAAAUUGUUCCGUGCAAAAUAUCGAUACUUGAAAAAACUUGGAUAAAAUACCCUGAUGGAUCAAAAUACCGAGCUAUCACAUCAAAUAAUUGUACAGAACAGUGGCAAUUUGGUGACGAUGGUGAAGAAAUAACUGAUAAAGAUAAUAAUGCAGUAUCAAAUGUAAAUAAUGCAGAUAGUGAUGAAUAUAUUCACGCCAAAACUAAUUCAGCAUUGGAUGCUCAGCCAAGUAAAAUUAAAAUUAUACCUGAUGAGGUAGUUAAAAAUAUAGAAGAACAAAUAAUUCCUUAUAAAGAAAUUGAAUCUUCUAAAACUUCCCUACAACAUCAUCCAAACUCAUUUAAUUCAGUUGAUGUGAAAUCUGAUCAUGUUAAGGACUUAGAUGCAAUACCUGACAAUGGUAAGGUACAAUUUGUAGAAACCCAUGCUGAAAACCAGAAACCGAUACAAUUUCUAACUGAUGAAAAGAAAAAAGCUGUUGAUGAUUUAAUAAAUUUUUUUAAUUCCGCUGGUUUUGAUUUUAGUACAACAGACAACUCGCAGCGUGCAAAGAGAAGUUUCGACAAUGAUUUAAAGUUAUUGACUGUAGUUGAAAAAUUUCACAAACUCAAAAAAAAUAUAAACAACGCAAAUUUAAUUUAUUCUUUGGCUCAAAAUAUGAUUGAUUAUUUGAAUGAAAUAGAUUUGGAAAUAAAAAACAGAGUUUUGCAAGACGUAAUAAGUGCAGAGGAAGAAAAUGAAAAUUACCAACAUUUCUUUUAUAUACAAGCCCGUGUUAUUAUACCGUGUGAUAAAUUAUAUUGUGACGAUCAAAGAAAAAGAGCUAAAAUUUGCAAUGGCGUCAUUGAGAGUGUUGAUGGGGGAUCGCCAAAUAUUUUAACUACAUUUUGUUACGAUGACGUCAAGAAACCCUCUUCGAUAGGGAGAUCGAUGGCAGUUCCUUUAGAUGAUCCAUUGCUAAAGAAGAUGAUAAAUCAGGCAAUAAAGAAAAUUGAAAGUAAUUCAUUAAAUUCAAACGCCAUAAGUGUUAAACAGGUUCUCGAUGCCACAACACGAAGAGGAUCUGGUGCAUUCACCAAAGUAUUAGUAGAAAUUGUAUUCACGAAUUGUAAUAAAACUCUUUCUUUAAAGAAAAGGGAAAACUGUACUAUCUUAAAUUCUUUGGGUUCUAAUAUUUGCGAAAUCAUCGUGUUUGAAAGAUAUUCUCUGAAGGAAAAAGAUAUGACUACUACCUGUAGUCCAAGGAAUACAGAAGAAACUUUUUCUAAAUCGAAAGAAACACAAAAUAUCAACCAAAUAUAUGAGGACCCUAUUAUCGCUGAAAUGGUUCAACAAGCCCUAAAACAAAUUGAACUGGAUUCAAAUCAAAAUAAUAAACAAAGAGUACUACAAAUAAACUCAGUUACUACUCAAGUUUUAGCCGGCCUUUUAACUGAAAUUAAUUUUGUAGUGGGUUAUACAACCUGUAAAACUGAUAUAGAAAAUGAUAUUGACGAGGCUUCAUGCCCAUUGAACAAUGAAACUCCACGAAAAUGCCAAGCAAUCAUUUGGGAUAGACCUUGGUUGGAAGAUGGGCGUCAGAUUAAUGUGACUUGUAACAGUGAAGAUAUACCUUUUAGUAUUUCGAGACCAAAACGAAGUAUCCAAAAAAACGGUCUACAGGGAGCGCAAAGAAAAAAUGACCAUAAUGAUCCCAAAUAUUUAAAUUUAGCAAAAGAAUCUUUAAAUAAGUAUUUUUUAACAUCAGGAGUGUCUGAACAGUAUGAGCAAAUAAAAAUAAAAAAAGUCACAACACAGGUUGUAUCUGGUACAUUGAUAAGACUUGAUUUCGAAGCAACUGGGCCAGGGAAUGUCAUCACAUGUCAUUCCAAAGUAUGGGAACAACCUUGGUUGAAGAAAAAAGAGAUUAACGUUACAUGUAAUACUGAUAGUGAAUUGUCGAGAGAAAAGAGAGGCAUUCCUGGGGGAAAAACAGAACAAGACCCUAAUGAUCCAAUAUUUUUAAAUUUGGCUCAAGAAUCAUUGAAUAAGUACUUUGUUACAUCAGGAGCGUCUCAACAAUAUGAAAAAAUACAAAUAAAGAGAGUCACAACUCAAGUUGUAGCUGGUUCAUUGACAAGAAUUGAUUUCGAAGCAACUGGGCAAGGGAAUGUAAUCACAUGCCAUUCAAAAGUAUGGGAUCGACCUUGGUUGAAGAAAAAGGAGAUUAACGUUACAUGCAAUACUGAUAACGAAUUGUCGAGAGAGAAGAGAGGCAUUCCUGGGGGAGAAACAGAACAAGACCCUAAUGAUCCAAUAUUUUUAAAUUUGGCUCAAGAAUCAUUGAAUAAGUACUUUGUUACAUCAGGAGCGUCUCAACAAUAUGAAAAAAUACAAAUAAAGAGAGUCACAACUCAAGUUGUAGCUGGUUCAUUGACAAGAAUUGAUUUCGAAACAACUGGGCAAGGGAAUGUAAUCACAUGCCAUUCAAAAGUAUGGGAUCGACCUUGGUUGAAGAAAAAGGAGAUUAACGUUACAUGCAAUACUGAUAGCGAAUUGUCGAGAGAGAAGAGAGGCAUUCCUGGGGGAGAAACAGAACAAGACCCUAAUGAUCCAACAUUUUUAAAUUUGGCUCAGGAAUCAUUGAAUAAGUACUUUGUUACAUCCGGAGCGACUCAACAAUAUGAAAAAAUACAAAUAAAGAAGGUUACAACUCAAGUCGUAGCUGGUUCAUUGACAAGAAUUGAUUUCGAAGCAACUGGGCAAGGGAAUGUAAUCACAUGCCAUUCAAAAGUAUGGGAUCGACCUUGGUUGAAGAAAAAUGAGAUUGACGUUACAUGUCAUACUGAUAGUGAAUUUUCGAGACAGAAGAGAGACAUCUUUGGAGGUGAAACAGAACAAGACCCUAAUGAUCCACAAUUUUUAAAUUUGGCUCAGGAAUCAUUAAAUAAGUAUUUUUUAUCAUCAGGAGCGUCUCAACAAUAUGAAAAAAUACAAAUAAAGAGAGUCACAACUCAAGUUGUAGCUGGUUCAUUGACAAGAAUUGAUUUCGUUGCAACUGGGCAUGGGAAUGUCAUCUCGUGUCAUUCAGAAAUAUGGGAACAAACGUGGACGGGAAUAAAAGAAAUAACUCAGGUUAAAUGCCAAACUUUUAAGAAAAAAUCUAGAACCAGGAGAACUUUAAGGGGUGGUAAGACUGAAGAAAAUCCAAAUGACCCUCGAUUUGUAAAUUUAGCCAAAGAGUCCUUACGAAAAUAUCAAAUGUUAAAGAAAAGCAGAUCAAAACACGAAGUUAUAUCAGUGAAAAAAGUUAAUAAACAAGUUGCGUCAGGAAUAAUUUAUAAAAUAGAUUACAUUGCUUUAAGAAAAACAUGCCCUAACAAAAAAAAUAUGUGUCGAAAACCAGAAGGUGCGAAACUUUAUUGCCAUACUAAAAUAUGGGAACGGCCUUGGUUAAAUAAUAAAGAAAUCGCUGUUGAUUGUUAUGAAAAUGAUAAAAAUGAUGAUAGCGAAGAAAGUGGUAGAAAAAAGCGACAUAUUACAGAAAACAUGUCUAAAAUGGGAGAUCCGAACGAUGAGAAUAAUAAUAUAUUGUUGGAGGCAGAGAAAAAGCUCUCUAAAAGUAUUCGACAGAAAAGACAAGUAGAAGAGGAAUAUAUCGAUGAAGAUACUAAGUAUUACUAUGCAGACCGAGCUAUACAACAGAUAAAUGAAAAUUCAGAUACAAACAAUCUACAGAAAAUGAUCACGAUUCAUUCAUUUCAAAGUGGAACGAUAAUGGAUGUAAAUAUGGUAAGAAUGUAUAUAGAAACAGCUUAUACAUUUUGUUUGCGUAAUCAAGAUGAAACAGAAUUGACUCAAUGCGAAGAAUUACCUGGAAUGUACCAUAAGUUAUGUCUUGCUCGCAUUUGGCCUUCUCCAGACGAUGAGCUUGUUAUUCAACAAAUACAUGUCGUAUGUAAUGAUGAAAAAGAAUUUGAGACUGUUACCGGUAUAUCUGCCAGAUCAUUCAUUGACGCUUCAAUCAAAGAGCUGGAAGCUUCACCUAAAAUUAAAACUAAAAUUGUCAGUCUAGGAGAACCUAAUGUUAUACCUAGUCUUGAUUCUAGAGAGCCAACAAAAGUUAAUUUUAUGUUAGGAUUUACUAAUUGUUCGAAAGACGUUGAUUUGAAACAAUAUCCUAAUUGCGACAUUGACACCACAAGGCCAUAUAAAACGUGUACAUCUCACAUAUGGUUGGUACCAAAUAGUAACAAAAUUAAGAAACUGAAUGUUCAUUGCAUGUUUCCCAAUGUCAUGAGGAAAAAACGAUCUGUGUCAAUGAACCCGACAAAUGCAACAUCAGAUGAAAUAACCAUACAAAAUUUAGUCCAGGAAUCUUUGGAAAAACUUGAAAUGAGUUCGAUACAUAAAUAUAAACAGCGAGUAUUACAAAUAAAUAGUUAUUCCUCGAAGAUAACAAGUGGUCGAGUUACAACAAUCGAUUUUGAUGUUGGAUAUACGUCUUGUUUAAAAUUUGAAUGGGUUGAUAAUAUUACAAAUUGCGCCUUUCUUGAGCAUUUGCCUCGAAGGCAUUGUAUUUCCUCUAUAUGGGAGCGAUUAUGGCUAGAUAACGGUAAACAGAUCGAUGUCAACUGUCAAGAUGAUGAAACUCCUAUUGAAGCUCACGUUGAAUUUGAAAAUCCAGAACAUGCGAUGCAACUAGCGAAGCAGGCUUUGAAACAUAUCGAAGCAAAGUACCCGAAUCCUCUUCGUCAAAAGGUUGUUAGAAUAUUUUCAAUGGAAAAGCAAGCAAUUGCCGGUGUACACUAUCGUAUGAAAAUUGAAGUUGCAAAUACUAAUUGCCCCGCAUUGAGUAUGAAUGAUACCUGCGAAGUAGUAUCAAAUAUGGGUCUAAAUAAAUUUUGUAGAGUUAAUGUUUGGAUAAGACCCUGGACAGAACAUCCUCCCAACUACCGUGUGUCCUGUGAUUUUCAGGACGGAGCGACAACGGAGUUGUAUCGACACAUACAAGCAGAACGCCUUUUCUAUGAUUUCAUAACUACGUAUAGACCGGAUUACAUCAACGAUCACGACGAAAUGCUGAAGCGAUUUGAAAUUUUUAAAGAUAAUGUGAGGAGAAUUCACGAAUUAAAUAUCCGCGAACAAGGGACAGCUAGAUAUGCUGUGACUAAAUUCGCAGACCUAUCAUAUGAAGAAUUUGCCAAAAAAUAUUUGGGCUUAAAACUUGGUCUCAGAGAUCCAAACCAGAUACCUUUUAGAAAGGCAGAUAUUCCUGAUGUUAAACUCCCUGACAAAUUCGACUGGAGGGAUCAUGGCGCUGUAACGGAAGUGAAAAAUCAAGGAUCUUGCGGAAGCUGUUGGGCUUUUAGCGUGACAGGUAACAUCGAGGGUCAAUGGAAGAUUCAAACGGGCGAGCUUGUGUCGCUGUCGGAGCAAGAAUUAGUGGACUGUGACAAACUGGACGAGGGCUGUAAUGGAGGCCUACCUGAUAAUGCGUAUAGAGCCAUCGAGCAGCUAGGUGGGCUAGAGACGGAAACCGACUACCCUUACGAGGGAGUGGAUGACAAGUGCGCUUACAACAAGACCCUAUCCAAGGUCCACAUUCGCAGUGCGCUCAAUAUCUCUUCCAAUGAGACUGAGAUGGCCAAGUGGCUGGUGCAGAACGGACCUAUUUCUAUUGGUAUCAACGCGAACGCAAUGCAGUUCUAUGUGGGCGGAGUGUCUCACCCGUGGCGGAUGCUUUGUAACCCUAAUAACUUGGACCACGGAGUACUCAUAGUGGGAUAUGGUGCUAAAGACUACCCGCUUUUCCACAAACACCUACCGUACUGGGUCAUAAAGAACUCGUGGGGCAAGGAGUGGGGCGAACAGGGAUACUACCGGGUGUAUCGCGGGGACGGGACCUGCGGGGUCAACUUGAUGGCUAGUAGCGCGGUCGUGUAGGGUCUUGGGCCAUGGGCCAUGGGGCAAAGGGCUAACUGGAACUUAAGUGGUGGAUUAAGUGCUAAAGUCAGUGUUACUUUUUUCAUGAAUGCAAAAAUUUGUGACAUUAGGUUUAAGUCAGAGUUGUAAAAACUAAAAUACAAUACAGAUAACGUUA